AUGAAGUGGCCAUCGUCCUGGCCGAGAUUCAUCCUAUCCUUGCUGCUUGUUGGCUUGAACUUUCAUGCCUGGACGCGUAGUCCGUCUUCAGGUUUCGCGGAGGGCGCAGGGUGGACAAAGGAGAGGAAGCUAGACGCAAGCGCAACCUCAUACAUCAUUAGAGAGCAGGUUCGCUCUUUGUGGUAUCAUGGAUUUGAUAACUACAUGAAGCAUGCAUUUCCACUCGAUGAGCUGAGACCUCUGUCCUGUAAGGGGCGAGGUCCCGAUCCGCUGCACGCUGCAGACAUUGCAACAAACGACGUGGACGGCAACUUCUCCGUCACCCUCGUCGAUACCCUCGACACCUUCGUGGUGCUUAAUGACACCGCGGGCUUCGAGCGCGCCGUGCGGAAUACGAUCGACUUCGUGCAGUUCGACGUAAACACCAAGCCGCAAGUAUUCGAGACCACUAUUCGCGUUCUCGGGGGCCUCCUCUCUGGACAUUUGUUUGCCAAUCAGACCGGUCAGCCUUUCCAUCUCCCCUGGUAUCGUGGUGAACUCCUCGACUUGGCGCACGACUUGGGGCAGAGGUUGUUGCCUGCAUUCAUGACACCUACAGGAUUGCCUAUCGCAAGAGUCAACCUGCGACACGGGCUGCUGAGCACCGAGACGGUAGACACUUGUACUGCCGGCGCAGGAUCACUCAUUCUCGAGUUUGGGUUACUCAGUCGGCUGACUGGGGACGCGCGCUUUGAGAAAGCAGCGUACAAAGCGUUUUUUGCCCUGUGGAACCGCAAGUCAGACCUGGGGCUUGUUGGGAACACCAUUAAUACAUUGACAGGAUCAUGGCUGCGACCCGAAGUGUCCGGCAUAGGAGCGGGAAUUGAUUCCUUCUUUGAAUACGCCUUGAAAUGGUAUAUCAUGAGUGGUGAGGUCGAAUUCUUGGAUGUCUGGCAAGAGGCGUAUGCGUCCAUCAUGCGCUACUCUCGUGCACCAGAUGGAUUCUGGUAUCGCAGUGUGAACAUUCAUACAGGAGAUACGUCUUACAACACAUUCGACUCAUUAUCUGCUUUUUGGCCUGGCCUGCAAGUGCUUGCAGGCGACAUCGAGAACGCUAUCAAAUCGCAUCUAACUUAUUGGAAUCUAUGGAGAAUGCAUUCAGGACUACCCGAGGUGUGGGAUAUGAGCUACCGACAAGCUACCUCGUUACAAUAUCCCCUCAGACCAGAGUUUGUAGAGUCGACCUGGUAUUUGUAUCGCGCCACUCGCGACCCAUUUUAUCUAGACGUCGGGGGACGCAUCUUGUAUGAUCUAAUCACACGCAGCAAGGUCGGCUGCGGCCUCGCCAGUAUCAAAGACCUGCGGAGUAAAACCCACGAGGAUCGCAUGGAGUCCUUCGUCUUGUCGGAGACGUUGAAGUACCUGUACUUGCUCUUCGACGAAGACAACCCCGUCCACAGCGACGACUCUAACUACGUCUUCACCACGGAGGGCCACAUCCUCUGGCUUGACUCCGCGCACAUCCACCCCAUGUCUGCUGUCCGCCGGAAGCUCCGCGGCUCGGAGCACCACCACUGCCCCGCGUAUGAGCCCCCGCUCGUCGCGUUCGACGAUACAGCGAAUGAACAUGAUAUGAAGUGGUGGUCUGAGGGCGGGUGGUGUGAGAUUCCGAAGCCGCAUCUGUUUUCGUUCGACUUCAUUUUGUCCCCCGGAGGACAGCUCGUGCCGGAGGACCCUCAUCCGACCGUCGAAAAGAUCACGUUCGUCUCAGACGGCUAUGUGCUGUACAACGUUACGGGCAUCCGUGCACAUAUCGUGAGCAGACUCGACGGCAAGGGUUACGAUAUCACUAGGCUGGGCCCCUUCGCCGUCAAGACGGGCCAGGUAGUGUACGUAAACGACCCGGGACUCGACUGGCACCCUUGGACGCCCUAUGGACUGUUCGCCACUGCCUCCACAGCACUCUUCGGUGGCGAUCCAAUGCACUCCGUCAUUCGGGACGACUCGCUCUUGCGCUUCGGACACGGCGAAGGUGUCCGUGUCGUGCUCGAGCCGUCCAACUCUCUCGGGUGCGCGCCAUACACACGGACGUUUACAGACGAGGCGGUGCUCGUGCAUCGCGGUGAAUGCACCUUCCUGGAGAACUCUGUCCACAAUGUUGGCGGCCGCGGAGGAGCGGGGAUCGGGGAAGUGCUGGUGGCUGUCGAGUCGGAAAUACAGGACUAUCAGCCUUUGGUGGACCAGUACUUGGAGGACCCUGCCAGGACGCAGGAAGCGGACGCGGACAGAAGCAUACCUAGAGACGCCAACCGCAUGCUGUAUAUCAACGGCCAUCCACUGAUCAAUACGAGACUGCUGCAUUGA